UAUAUAAGGGAGGCUGGCCAGAAAUCUACCUUAGUCUACAGCAGGCUCAGGAUACAACUCGUACUAUCCAGGCCAAACCCGCCUACACCACCAUGUGUGACGAAGACGCUUGUGCUCUAGUUGUGGACAAUGGCUCAGGCAUGGUCAAGGCCGGCUUCGCCGGUGACGACGCUCCCCGCGCCGUAUUCCCCUCCAUCGUCGGCCGUCCUCGUCACCAGGGUGUGAUGGUCGGUAUGGGUCAGAAGGACGCCUACGUCGGUGAUGAGGCCCAGAGCAAGAGAGGUAUCCUGACUCUCAAGUACCCCAUCGAGCACGGCAUCAUCACCAACUGGGACGACAUGGAGAAGAUCUGGCAUCACUCCUUCUACAACGAGCUGCGUGUUGCCCCUGAGGAGUCCCCAGUCCUCCUGACGGAGGCUCCCCUCAACCCCAAGGCCAACCGUGAGAAGAUGACGCAGAUCAUGUUCGAGACAUUCAGUGCUCCUGCUAUGUACGUGGCCAUCCAGGCCGUGCUGUCCCUGUACGCCUCUGGUCGUACCACAGGUAUCGUGCUGGACUCCGGUGAUGGAGUGUCCCACACUGUCCCCAUCUACGAGGGUUAUGCUCUUCCCCACGCUAUCCUUCGUCUUGACCUGGCUGGCCGGGACUUGACUGCCUACUUGAUGAAGAUCAUGACAGAGCGUGGUUAUUCCUUCACCACUACGGCUGAGCGAGAAAUCGUUCGAGAUAUAAAAGAAAAACUUUGUUAUGUUGCCCUUGACUUCGAGAGCGAAAUGAAUGUUGCUGCUGCUUCCUCGUCUUUGGAAAAGUCAUAUGAACUUCCUGACGGUCAAGUUAUUACUAUUGGAAAUGAACGUUUCCGGGCACCUGAAUCCUUGUUCCAGCCUUCUUUCCUGGGUAUGGAGUCAGUUGGUAUCCAUGAGACUGUGUACAACUCCAUUAUGAGGUGCGACAUUGAUAUAAGAAAGGAUUUGUUCGCAAAUAACGUCAUGUCUGGUGGUACCACCAUGUACCCAGGUAUUGCUGACCGCAUGCAGAAGGAAAUCACAGCUUUGGCUCCCUCCACCAUCAAGAUCAAGAUCAUUGCUCCUCCCGAGCGUAAGUACUCCGUCUGGAUCGGUGGCUCCAUCCUGGCCUCUCUCUCCACCUUCCAGGCCAUGUGGAUCACCAAAGAAGAGUAUGACGAGUCUGGUCCCGGCAUUGUCCACCGCAAGUGCUUCUAAACAUUUACAGACCUCCGGGCUGAUGUUCAUUAUGACGCUCACUUUAGCGUGCAUUAAUUUUAAUCAAUAUGAUUCUAAAACUCUUUCAACUUAAAUUCAGAGAGCUAUUACAAUAAAGACAAAGGGCACAAAAUCUCUGUUACAAAAUAUGACAAAUGUUCAAAAGCCUGAGGGAACGGUCUUAACUCUCAUCAGGCUUUUAUUUCCAGGUGGUUUGGAAAGAUUUUAGACAUUUAAAUAUUAUACUUUCUACCGAUCUCUUGUGAGUGAUGCAUCUUUGGAAUCAUCAUCUAUGUUUCGUUAUUAAUACUCUAUAUUUUCUAUAAAUAAUUAUAAUAUUUGUACGAAU